UCACAUGCACUCCCGUAGUACUUAUCAUAACGUGAAUAUGAUAAGUCGAUAACGUGAGAAUUAAUCAUGACUUUAUUCCCAUUGUUUCAUUUUUCAAUUCUGUGUAACUGCAGAACAAGUCAGUUAUAAAUAGCCCUGUGAGCUUCAUGAAUCUUCACUACAAUCCACUAGUACAAGAUACAACUAAAUUCCAAGAAUGGCUAAGCUAAUUCUCUCUUGCAUUCUGUUUUUUACAUUCACAGCCCUGUUUUCUCUCUCAAAUGCAGCUAAUACUAUUAAUGUGAUCAAGUAUGGAGCCAAGCCUGAUGGCAAAACUGAUUCUACGCAGGCAUUCGUCAAGGCUUGGGUGGCGGUAUGCAACUCGGCCCAGGCGGUGACGAUGUAUGUCCCACAAGGGCGUUUUGUCAUUAGAGCGGUGGAGUUCAGAGGACCAUGCAAGAGUAAAAUUAAUGUUCAGAUAGAUGGAACUAUAGUUGCUCCUGGUGAUUACCGCGCAUUAGGCAAUACCGGGAACUGGAUAUUGUUUAUUAAAGUUAACAGAGUUAGUGUCAAUGGGGGAACUCUUGAUGCCAGAGGAGCUGCAUUUUGGAAUUGUAGGGAGUCUGGAAAGAAUUGUCCUGAAGGAGCCAGGUCAAUAACCUUCAACUGGGCGAAUGACAUAAAAAUCAGUGGUCUGACAUCGAUAAACAGUCAGGCGGCUCACGUGGUGAUCAAUGGAUGCAACAAUGUGAUGGUUAGUAAUCUGCGGCUUAAUGCCCCGGACCAAAGCCCAAACACUGAUGGAAUUCACGUCCAGACUUCAACAGGUGUUACUAUUACCGGAACUACCAUCAAAACGGGUGAUGAUUGUGUGUCAAUUGGUCCUGGUACUAGAAAUUUGUGGAUGGAACGGAUACAGUGCGGCCCUGGACACGGUGUCAGCAUUGGAAGUUUGGGAAAAGAUGCGAAUGAAGCUGGUGUCCAGAACAUCACGUUGAUAAACUCGGCAUUUACAGGUUCAGACAAUGGCCUGCGAAUUAAAUCAUGGGCUAGGCCUACCACUUCCUUUGUCAGAAAUGUUGUUUAUCAAAAUAUUCAGAUGAGAAAUGUGGAGAACCCUAUCAUUAUCGACCAGAACUACUGCCCCAACAAUCAGAAUUGUCCUCAUCAGACUUCUGGGGUGAAGAUAACUGGAGUGACGUAUAAAAAUGUUCAAGGCACGUCGGCUAGCAAAGUUGCAGUGGCUUUUGAUUGCAGUCCUACCCAGAAGUGCACGGGGAUUAAAUUGCAAGACGUGAAACUCAGUUAUCAGAAUAGAGAUGCACGCUCAACGUGUAAAAAUAGUGGAGGAACAACCAGCGGAACUUCAAUGCCAAAUAGCUGCUUGAAAUAGUUGUGUAGCACUUUCAUAGUUAUAUAUAUACUAGUUAGCUAGGUAAGACUUCUGUUUGAGCUUCCCAAAGAUGAGAUAUCUAACCGGUGAAGAUCUGUAAAAUUGCUUCCAUUUGAUGUGUCAGUUUGGCUGUUGAGACAUUUUCUGAUUGUGGAAUAUAUGUCAACCUUGAGCCAGAGGCGCCAAGGAUUAGUAUCUUGUAUCUCAUGAAACAGUAUACUUAUAAUU